AUGUCCCAGGCCAGCAACCACCGGCCGAGCCGCCCGGAGCCCCGCCGAACCGAGCCGGCCCCGCCGUCAGAGGCGGGCGAGACCUCGCGCCCUUCGCCGAGGCAGACGCCAGCGGCACCGUCGGCAGAGCCCCGGCCGCCCACCCGCCCCGCUGCUGGUCCCGUGGCGCCGAAGAAGGAGAAACCCCUGGAAGAUGACGAGUCCCGAAAAGUCCUGACGAAGGGCCCCCGCGCCGAGCUCGCAGGUGCUCCCGAAGCUGUGACAUGCCAGCCCCAGGUGCGAGGAGCCCCGCAGCCCCCCAGCCCCUGCACCCACCUGCUGCAGAACGGCGCCGGGCGGGGGCCGGAUCCAGGCGGCUCCAACGGGGAGGCGGGGAACGGGGUCUUCCGCCCCCUCCCCAGCACCCAGAAGCCUCACCGAAAGCUGCAGUCGCACCACUCCAUCAACAGCCAGAGCAGCAAGAAGAGCAAGGGCAGCUCCAAGUCGGCUUCUUCCCACAUCCCUAUUGAGGCGCAAGAAGACUGCUGCGUCCACUGCAUCCUCUCCUGCCUCUUCUGCGAGUUCCUGACCCUCUGCAACAUCGUGCUGGACUGUGCCACCUGCGGCUCCUGCACCUCCGAGGACUCCUGCAUCUGCUGCUGCUGCUGCAACUCGGGCGAGUGCGCGGACUGCGACCUGCCCUGCGACAUGGACUGCGGCAUCAUCGACGCCUGCUGCGAGUCGGCCGACUGCCUGGAGAUCUGCAUGGAGUGCUGCGGGCUCUGCUUCUCCUCCUGA